AUGAGCGAGGAUUGGAAAAAAAAGCUGAACAUCCCCAAGAAGGAUACAAGGCCGCAGACGGAUGACGUGUUGAACACCAAGGGGAAUACGUUCGAAGAUUUCUACUUGCGGCGCGAGCUCUUGAUGGGAAUCUUUGAGGCGGGAUUCGAAAGGCCAUCGCCGAUCCAGGAGGAGGCGAUUCCAAUCGCGUUGGCACGGCGGGACAUCCUAGCGCGCGCGAAAAACGGCACGGGGAAGACGGCGGCAUUUGUGAUUCCGACGCUGGAGAUCGUCAAGCCGAAGGUUAAUAAGAUUCAGGCGUUGAUAAUGGUUCCCACGCGAGAGCUGGCACUGCAGACAUCGCAGGUGGUGCGCACUCUGGGCAAGCACUGCGGGAUAUCAUGUAUGGUCACGACCGGCGGGACGAACCUGCGGGACGAUAUAAUGAGGUUGAACGAGCCUGUACAUGUUCUGGUUGGUACUCCUGGUAGAGUAUUGGAUUUAGCGUCACGGAAGGUGGCGGACUUGAGCGAGUGCUCCCUCUUCGUGAUGGACGAGGCCGACAAAAUGCUGAGUCGCGAUUUCAAGUCGCUGGUCGAACAGAUCCUAUCUUUCUUACCGCAGAAUCACCAGUCGCUGCUCUUUAGUGCGACCUUUCCUCUCACUGUUAAAGAAUUCAUGGUAAAACACCUUAAUAAGCCGUACGAGAUUAACCUGAUGGACGAACUAACGUUGAAGGGUAUUACGCAGUACUACGCAUUUGUGGAGGAACGGCAAAAGUUGCAUUGCUUGAAUACGUUGUUCAGCAAACUACAGAUUAACCAAGCUAUAAUAUUUUGUAACUCUACCAACCGGGUCGAGUUACUAGCCAAGAAAAUCACCGAUCUAGGCUAUUCAUGCUACUAUUCUCAUGCGAGGAUGAAACAGCAGGAAAGAAACAAGGUGUUUCACGAGUUUCGCCAAGGCAAAGUCAGAACCUUGGUGUGCUCUGACCUACUAACCCGUGGUAUAGAUAUACAGGCCGUCAAUGUUGUCAUCAACUUUGACUUCCCAAAAACUGCAGAGACCUAUCUCCAUCGUAUUGGCCGGUCCGGAAGAUUUGGUCACCUUGGUUUGGCAAUCAAUCUCAUUAACUGGAACGACCGUUUCAACUUGUACAAAAUCGAACAGGAAUUGGGAACAGAGAUUGCAGCUAUCCCGGCGCAAAUAGACAAAUCUCUCUACGUGGCAGAGGACACUAGCGCUGUCCCAGUCCCCUUUCCUCUAGACACAAUGCAAGGCAAUGCUAGAGCUGCUCAGCAAAUGCCACAUCCUCAGCAGCAAGCGCAACUCGGAGGUAUGCCGCAGCCCAUCCCCCAGCAGAUACAGCCCCCCCUCGCCCACCAACAAGCCCAGCCUCCUCCACAGGUAUAUCCUCCUCAAAUGUAUCACCAGGGCAUCCCACCCCAACAGUUUGCUAACCCCCCGCAAUUUUAA